AUGGCCCGACAAAGCCAUUAUGCAUAUUUGCCCAACUUUCCCAACGUUGUAAUUACACGCACCACAUGUUUUGACGGCAGAGAAAUUAAACGUGUGGUAACCCUGGAGCGAGGCUCCUCCUUGGUGGACUCCAUCAAGCUCUCGUGCAAGGACUCCACCUGCUGCCUGAAGAGGAGGCGUACGGUCGCCUCCGUCAAGUUCCCCGUGGAAGGUUGGUCUUGCGUCGCAGGGAUUCAAGGCUGCCACGCCGAGGGUGAGCUGCGUGUGCCCUUGGCGAAGCUGUGCAAGAAAGACGGCAACGCGGCCGUCAGGGUGCAAUGCGCCUCGCUUGGGAAGCCAGUCUUCACCUCUUCCAUGCCGCUGGCCUGGCUGCUGGACAACAUCAGCGGCCUCCACUUCUCUCUCUUAGCUGACGACUGGCCCGCCUUCACCAGCCUCCGGUGCAACGGGAGGCGGUGUGGCGAGCCCAUCCGGGCGGUGAGCCCUGCACCGCGUGCGGCCACUGAAGGGAUGGCCAGGACCAAUGAGGCUGAUGCAUGGGCAGCCUUUGAAGUGACGACCCAUGAUGACUGGUCCGUGGAGGUUGAUGAUUCAUGGGCAGCCCCAGACUUGGUGACCUCCGUUGCUAUGGUCGAGGCUGAUGAUUCAUGGGCAGCCUUUGAAGCAAUGACCCGUGGUGACUGGUCCGUGGAGGCUGAUGAUUCAUGGGCAGCCCCAGACUUGGUGACCUCUGUUGCUGUGGUCGAGGCUGAUGAUUCAUGGGCAGCCUUUGAAGCAAUGACCCGUGAUGACUGGUCCGUGGAGGCUGAUGAUCCAUGGGCACCCGCCGAAUUGGUGACCGCCAUCACCGAUGAGGCUGAUGAUUCAUGGGCAGCCUUUGAAGCAAUGACCCGUGAUGACUGGUCCGUGGAGGCUGAUGAUCCAUGGGCACCCGCCGAAUUGGUGACCGCCAUCACCGAUGAGGCUGAUGAUUCAUGGGCAGCCUUUGAAGCAAUGACCCGUGAUGACUGGUCCGUGGAGGCUGAUGAUCCAUGGGCACCCGCCGAAUUGGUGACCGCCAUCACCGAUGAGGCUGAUGAUUCAUGGGCAGCCUUUGAAGCAAUGACCCGUGAUGACUGGUCCGUGGAGGCUGAUGAUCCAUGGGCACCCGCCGAAUUGGUGACCGCCAUCACCGAUGAGGCUGGUGUUCCAAUGGCACUCCUUGAAGUGACGACCCGUGAUGACUCGUCUGAUGAAGCUGAUGAUCCAUGGCCAGCCUUUGAAGCAAUGACCCGUAAUGACUCGUCUGAUGAGGCUGAUGAUCCAUGGCCAGCCUUUGAAGCAAUGACCCGUAAUGACUCGUCUGAUGAGGGUGAUGUUCCAUUGGCACUCCUUGAAGUGACGACCCGUGAUGACUCGUCUGAUGAAGCUGAUGAUCCAUGGCCAGCCUUUGAAGCAAUGACCCGUGAUGACUCGUCUGAUGAGGGUGAUGUUCCAUUGGCACUCCUUGAAGUGACGACCCGUGAUGACUCGUCUGAUGAGGGUGAUGAUCCAUGGCCAGCCUUUGAAGCAAUGACCCGUAAUGACUCGUCUGAUGAGGGUGAUGUUCCAUUGGCACUCCUUGAAGUGACGACCCGUGAUGACUCGUCUGAUGAGGGUGAUGAUCCAUGGCCAGCCUUUGAAGCAAUGACCCGUAAUGACUCGUCUGAUGAGGGUGAUGUUCCAUUGGCACUCCUUGAAGUGACGACCCGUGAUGACUCGUCUGAUGAGGCUGAUGAUCCAUGGCCAGCCUUUGAAGCAAUGACCCGUGAUGACUCGUCUGAUGAGGGUGAUGUUCCAAUGGCACUCCUUGAAGUGACGACCCGUGAUGACUCGUCUGAUGAAGCUGAUGAUCCAUGGCCAGCCUUUGAAGCAAUGACCCGUAAUGACUCGUCUGAUGAGGGUGAUGUUCCAUUGGCACUCCUUGAAGUGACGACCCGUGAUGACUCGUCUGAUGAAGCUGAUGAUCCAUGGCCAGCCUUUGAAGCAAUGACCCGUAAUGACUCGUCUGAUGAGGGUGAUGUUCCAUUGGCACUCCUUGAAGUGACGACCCGUGAUGACUCGUCUGAUGAAGCUGAUGAUCCAUGGCCAGCCUUUGAAGCAAUGACCCGUAAUGACUCGUCUGAUGAGGGUGAUGAUCCAUGGCCAGCCUUUGAAGUGACGACCCGUGAUGACUCGUCUGAUGAGGGUGAUGAUCCAUGGCCAGCCUUUGAAGCAAUGACCCGUAAUGACUCGUCUGAUGAGGGUGAUGUUCCAUUGGCACUCUUUGAAGUGACGACCCGUGAUGACUCGUCUGAUGAGGGUGAUGAUCCAUGGCCAGCCUUUGAAGCAAUGACCCGUGAUGACUCGUCUGAUGAGGGUGAUGAUCCAUUGGCAUCCGCCGAAUCGGUGACCGCCAUCACCGAUGAGGAUGAUGCUGCAUGGGACGCCCUCGAAUUGAUAACCAGUAAUGACUGGUCUGAUGAGGAUGAUGCUGCAUGGGACGCCCUCGAAUUGAUAACCAGUAAUGACUGGUCUGAUGAGGAUGAUGCUGCAUGGGAAGCCCUCGAAUUGAUAACCAGUAAUGACUGGUCUGAUGAGGAUGAUGAUCCAUGGGAUGCCCUCGAAUUGAUAACCAGUAAUGACUGGUCUGAUGAAGAUGAUGAUCCAUGGGAUGCCCUCGAAUUGAUAACCAGUAAUGACUGGUCUGAUGAGGAUGAUGAUCCAUGGGAUGCCCUCGAAUUGAUAACCAGUAAUGACUGGUCUGAUGAGGAUGAUGAUCCAUGGGCAUCCGCCGAAUCGGUGGCCGCCAUCACCGAUGAGGAGGAUGAUCCAUGGGAUGCCCUCGAAUUGAUAACCAGUAAUGACUGGUCUGAUGAGGGUGAUGAUCCAUGGGAUGCCCUCGAAUUGAUAACCAGUAAUGACUGGUCUGAUGAGGAUGAUGAUCCAUGGGAAGCUCUCGAAUUGAUAACCAGUAAUGACUGGUCUGAUGAGGAUGAUGAUUCAUGGGAAGCCCUCGAAUUGAUAACCAGUGAUGACUGGUCUGAUGAGGAUGAGGAUCCAUGGGAAGCCCUCGAAUUGAUAACCGGUAAUGACUGGUCUGAUGAGGAUGAUGCCUUCCUGGACGUCACGGCCAUCUGUGCUGUCGUUGUGUACAUUGUCUUGCUUCACUAAGCAGCCUGGUAACACACUCACCAGUGACCCCCGGCGCAGGCGCGAGCCACAUCGUGAGCCACACUCCCGGGGAGCGAGACUCCCUUUAGUGACCGUCGCUCUUAUUUCACCUUCAGGGGAGGAGCUCCAGCUGUAUUUCUUAUCUUAUCAAUGAAAACCUUUACAAUAAAACUAUUAUCCU